UGAAGGGAUUUGAAAAUGAAUUUGAGGAUCUUGAAAUCGAUCCAUUUGGCGAUAAGGUGCCAGGUGGAGCGUGACUAGAACUAGUAUGAUGGGGGUACGAAGUUUGGUACGGUUGCAGGUAACCUGAUGUUGUGUAGAAAGUUAUUGAAGAAAUUUCCGAAAGCUACUCACAUUGGCCUUUCCAAUUACAUUGGUGGAAGUGGCUUCCCUUGGAAUAUCCUGCAAGUGCAUCCUGUAAAUUACAGAACGAUGGCUAAGAGUAAAUUUGAGUACGUUCGCUCCUUUGAAGCUGACGACACCUGUCUUCCAAAUUGCUGGGUUGUAGUUCGACUGGAUGGCCGGAAUUUUCAUAAGUUCGCAGAUCAACAUAAUUUCACCAAACCCAACGACGAGCGGGCUCUUCGCUUGAUGAAUAAAUGUGCAGCAACCGUCAUGGAAGAAUUGGGUGACAUUGUGAUUGCGUACGGCCAAAGUGAUGAAUACAGCUUUGUCUUUAAAAAGAAGAGCAAUUGGUUCAAAAGGAGAGCAAGUAAAUUCAUGACACACGUGGUUUCCCAGUUUUCUUCAAGCUUUGUUUUCUAUUGGAGUGAGCAUUUUAAAGACCAAACACUGUUGUAUCCACCUGGAUUCGAUGGGCGAGUGAUUUUGUAUCCUAACAACCAGAAUCUGCGAGACUAUCUGAGCUGGAGACAAGCAGACUGUCACAUCAAUAAUCUGUACAACACUACAUUCUGGGCACUGGUGCAGCAAGGUGGUCUGUCCAAUAGUUUAUCUGAAGAGAGGCUAAAGGGAACUGUUGCAGGAGACAAAAAUGAGAUUUUAUUUUCAGAGUUCAACAUUAACUAUAAUAAAGAGCCAGAGAUUUAUAGGAAAGGCACUGUUCUGACGUGGUGCAAGGUUGAGGAAAACAGUAAUAAAAGAAUUACACCCCUGGGAGAGCAAGAGGGCAAAGAUGUUGUCAUCAAAAGGACCCGCAGCAGAGUUCUUCCAUUUCAUGUUGACAUCAUUGCAAAUCAGUUCUGGGAAGAGCGCCCAGAGAUCCUUGCUGAUGACAGCUAGCUGCUGUUUUUUUCAUCCGUAUUCUUCACAAGACAGUGAAUUUGCUUGGUGAGAGUUCCACUUACACUGACCGACCAUCCUCCAGGACUUCCAACCAUGUGGCCAUUCUUCAUAUGUGCAAAUCUACACCACAAGUAUUCUCCAUCAACUCCAAUCAUGUUUUCUCCUCACAUCUGCAGACAUCCCAGCAUGUAGGGGAGAGUAUCACUGAAUAGCAAUUGGAAUGGGAACAUCCCUAUUCCAGAGACAGUGAGGCUAAUUCCAGUGACUCUCCAUUACCUCAGCUACUAUGAACCUGUAUUGAAAACUUUAGUCUGAUACAUAUUUGAUCCUUCACAUUAAGUAUUCAUUUGAUUCAGUUAUUUUUGAAUGGAGACAUUUCAACAAUUUUAUCAUUGUUAUCUUUUUGAGAUUAAAGAAUAUAUUAUUUAAUUAAAUGCAAAUAUAAUUAAAUUCUCACCCAUCUAUUCCCUGAGGGAUUUGUUCAUUUUACUUAUUGCUAAUGUUGGAGUUCAAAUUUAUCACUUGCUACUGGCAAUCUAUUAACUCUAGCUCAUAAUAUUGAGUUAAUCCAGUGAGCUACAACAGGACUCCAUGGUGCAGAGCCUCAGCAAUCUCACGAGUAUACUUUGUGUUUAAUGUGCAUUUUGACUUUUAUAUGAUUGUUUUGGACCUUUUUUAUUUUUUAAAAAAAAGUUUCUAAUUCAGUGGGAAAUAAAAUGUAGG